UUACGGGGGGCAAUCUCGCAGUCUCAUAUUCUCCAAUACACCUCCACCAUGUCGCUCCUGCUGCUGGUUCUGCUCUGCCAUUUCGCUGCUGCCUCACUCACUAUCACCAUCCCUGCCACAAAUCUCCUGCCCAACCCGCAUGGACUGUCCGCAUCCACCCAUGCCACUUUGACCACGCUCCCCUCCGGCAAUGAUCAUCGCCUGGCUGCUUCACUAACUCACGCGUCUACACUGGUCUUCAAUGAUAUCCCGGCGCAGCAGGAAUCCUACCUGUUAGAUAUUCGCUCCAGCGAGUACAUUUUCGCCCCUUACCGGGUCGACGUGGCUGCCGAUGGGUCCAUCCUAGGAAUCUGGGAGACCUUCCGUGGAAAUCCAUGGGACAACCGUGGGGCAGAGAAAUAUGUCGUUGAUGUGGCUGCCAAGAAACAAUCAGAUGUUAUUGUCGAGGCCAAGCUCGUGGGUAGGAGGGGGUUCUUUGAAGAGCGUGCCAAGUUUUCACCAUUGAGUCUCAUCAAGAAUCCCAUGAUCUUGCUGGCUAUUGUCGCUUUGGGUUUCACUCUCGGCAUGCCGAAGCUGAUGGAGAGCAUGGAUCCGGAAAUGCGCGCCGAAUUUGAGGAGCACUCACGCUCUUCACCCCUGACGGGAGGUGCCAGCAAUGCCCUUGCUGGAGGGGGAUUUGAUCUGGCUGGCUGGAUGGCAGGUACCUCACCUAGCCCCAUGGCCAAUACCGACGCUGCUCCAGCUGGGGCCACUGGUCGUGAAACAGGUGCGGCUACACGACGACGUUAG